CAUGAAUAGAGAAAGGGAAGAGGAGAAAGAGAUUGGAAAAUCUGGAGCAACAAUACGGCGACCUUGACUCUACUCUUGAACUGAGGAGACUUUUUUAAACCUCAGUUCAUGAAUUAUUCUAUUCCUGUCCAUAUACUUCCCCCUUUCCCGAUUCAUUGCUGCGUCAUCAUUUUAUUCCUCUUGCAAGCUCGUGAUAUCUCAAUUCCCCGAAUAUACGCCCUCCCGCAUAAGCUUCGCUUUGGAUGCAUUGGAAAUAGUCAAUAGUGUCUUGUGUGCUCGCAAACGGUUAUAAAUCUGGGUUGAUAGGCGAAAAUGUUCUCAUCUGCGCUCAAAUCUCUGAGCUCUAACAUAACAUCAAACUAUCAAGUUUCUCCCCACCCAACCUUGGUUUCAGGACCGUGGAAGAUCCAUGACGGCAAGAAGAAGUCCACAGGCACAUCGGCUUCGAUCUUUAUCUUCGAUAAGAAGGCUCUCGAGAUCCGUUCAAGCGGGCUAGGCAGUCGCUCGAGUGCUUCCACUAAAAAGUUGCAGGAAGAUGUUGUUGAGCGACUGAAGCGAGAAGCCGGCACUCUUGCACGCCUUCGACAUCCCUCUGUUCUUCAGGUUUUAGAACCUCUGGAAGAAACUCGUGGCGGCGGGCUUAUGUUUGCUACCGAACAGGUUACUGCCUCUCUUGCUGGACUUUUGCAGGCCAAAGAUACUCAAGAGAGCUCUGGCAGGGCCGCAUCUGAUGCCCGCCGCGGAGGGUCUAGCCGUUACAUGGUGGAGGAUCCUGAUGGAACGCGGAGGCGACGAGAUCUUGAUCUUGAUGAGCUAGAAAUCCAGAAAGGUCUGUUGCAAGUGGCAAAAGGUCUCGAGUUUCUGCACGAAUCGGCAGGGCUCGUUCACGGAAAUCUUAAUCCCGAAGCCGUCUUCAUCAAUGCUAAAUCGGACUGGAAGAUCUCUGGGCUUGGGUUUGCUGGCCCGCCAACUGCAUCGGAUUCACGAUCGACGCUUCCACCGCUUGCCUUGUCAGAAGUGCUCUAUCAAGAUCCCCGUUUACCAACGUCAGUCCAGUUGAACAUGGACUAUACCUCUCCGGACUUUGUGUUGGACUCCAAUGUCACACCCGCCGCCGACCUUUUCUCACUUGGUCUAGUGAUUGUGGCGCUCUAUAACUCACCCCAUGUAUCUCCAUUGCAGACACACUCAAAUGUGAACACAUACAAGAAGCUCCUUAGCUCUUCCUCAACCACCCCUUCCCAAGGCAACAACUUCUUGUCUUCGGGCACAAUCCCAAGAGACAUCCUCACUCAUGUACUACCCAGAUUGAUAACUCGAAGGCCAGCCCAGCGACUAAAUGCUCGGGAAUUCCAGCAAUCCCCCUACUUCGACAAUAUUCUGGUUUCAACAAUCCGUUUCCUGGAGUCUCUGCCAGCAAAGAACCCGAAUGAGAAAUCGCAAUUCAUGCGCGGCUUGCAACGAGUAUUACCCGAGUUCCCAGUGUCUGUAUUGGAAAGAAAAGUCUUGGGAGCUCUAUUAGACGAGAUGAAGGAUCGUGAGCUUCUUCCUCUUGUCUUAGGCAAUGUUUUUGCCAUCCUUCAACGCAUCCCCAGUGCGCUGCGCAUAUUCCCCGAUAGGGUAAUACCCCAGCUGAAAGAGACCUUUCCGGCUGGUAAGGGGCCUCACCAGGAGCGUGACUCCAAGAAGGAUGCAGGGUUGAUGGUGGUCCUGGACAACAUGAACAUUGUUGCUAAAAAUUGCCCCGGGAAGGAGUUCAAGGAAGAUAUUUUGCCCUUGAUCCGCCUGGGACUUGACUCACCGACACACUCGUUGGUAGAUGGUGCAAUCAAAUGUCUUCCCGUCAUUCUACCCGUUCUCGACUUUAGCACUGUCAAGAAUGAGGUCUUUCCGCCGAUUGCUGCAACCUUCAGUCGCACGAAUAGCCUUGCCAUCAAAGUGCGCUGCUUGGAGGCGUUCGCUAUUCUCUGUGGCGGUACUGUGAACUCCGAAGAAGCUCUAGGAGAUGACUUGACAGGUGUUGGUCCAGGCAGCGUACCGCAGUCGAGUAAGUCAUCGAUUCUGGACAAGUACACGAUACAAGAGAAACUUGUUCCAUCACUGAAGGCCAUCAAAACAAAAGAGCCAGCUGUCAUGAUGGCAGCACUGAAUGUGUUCCGACAAGUUGGAACAGUGGCAGAUACCGAAUUCCUUGCUUUGGAACUUCUCCCAGUCUUAUGGAGCUUCAGCCUCGGACCUCUCCUCGAUCUUCGCCAAUUCGGCGGUUUCAUGCGCUUGAUCAAAGAUCUUUCCUCGAAAGUCGAACGUGAACAGACAAAGAAGCUGCAGGAACUUUCUUCGGCAGGCGACAAUACCAAGUUUCAGAAUAGCGCAGUAGGAUUUUCCCAAUCGGCAGGUGACUUGAAUCAAACUAGCGCCGAUGCACAAGAGACCUUUGAGCGUCUGGUCCUGGGACGGAACCCUAACAGCCUCAAUGGCCAAGAUACCGAUCUAUGGAGUACUGCCUCUGCAGAGCCCGCAACAAAACGGCCUCCCAUUGCAAGCACUUCAUCCACCGGGAUAUCCUGGUCGCCAAGCGUUGCUAGCCCUGUUUCCAAAGGAGGCAUGCUACCAACACUAUCAAAUCUCAGCAUGCGGUCGGUCACACCUGACUACAACCUUAGCUCCUUUCCCUCCUUGCAACCUGCUGCUAGAACAAACUCGCCCUCAACUCCAGCAGCUCCUACGUUGCCGAUUUCUCCUCCCGCCCUUCAAUCUUGGACCUCACCGGGUUCCUCAAACCCUCAACAGCCUCUUCCGGGGUCAAGGGCUUCGAGCAAUGGCUUAGGAUCCUUGUCCAGUCUCAGGGUCAAUAAUAGUAUCUCUGGACAAGGAUCGCAAUCUACUCCCAACUAUGCUGCGUUCUCAAUUCCUCCCCCGCCAGCCGGGCUGGGCCAAGUCGGCUCCCUGACGAACCCCACUGCAGCGCCGAAUCCCGUGCGAUCCCCUUUCAGUGGUAAUAUCACACCCACCGCUUCCUUCAGCAAUACUUCAGUUCCACCGCAAGGGAUGCAAAAACAGGGCCUUGACAAGUAUGAGAGUUUGCUAUGAGAUGUAUGGCCUGUGUUGUUGCGUGAAUCCGUUCGUCUUCUUCCAACCUUUAGCGUUCGAUAUCCUACCGAGUUGCUGGAUGUGUGAUUGCAAGCACCACAAAUGGAUGCAAUUUGCCCACAUACCACUGCCCAAUUAUAAAUGUAACGUACGACUUGGACUGGUAGCGAAAGAAAAAAAGAACAAAAACAAAAAC